UUUUGUUGUUAAAUUACUUAACUUAAAAAAUAGGCAUUCGCUUGCAAUGAGCCUAAAAGAUUUUUAACAAGAGACAUAUCAAGACAAAAUGUCUCAAGCUGGUGGGAAAAAAGGCGGGGGUAAAGGACCUCCCAAAGGCGAUAAAAAUGAAGAUACUAAUGGGACUGGAAAAAUUGCAAUCGCCAAAGAAUCGAAAGAUAAAGAGGAAACGACCAGCAAUCCUGAUGGUGACGAUACGCCAAGUGCAAAACCUCAGUCUGCGGGUGCCAAUGUAAGAGAUGCAGCCCAACGAAUUUUAACACUGUGCCAAAAAGCUGAAUGGGCGCCUAUUGACCAAAUUUUAAAGUCGAUGGAAAAAGCUAUAGCGAAUGCUGGAGAAGAUGCUAAUUCAAUACCUUUAGCUGGAGUAGCUGACUUGACUACUGGUAUGACACCUCUAAUGUACGCUGUAAAAGACAAUCGAACAUCGCUCCUGGAUAGAAUGAUCGACCUCGGAUCUGACGUUGGUGCCAGAAAUAAUGAUAACUAUAAUGUCCUACAUAUAUCUGCAAUGCACUCGAGGGAAGAUGUCGUUAAGCUGCUUCUUGGAAAAAAAGGCGUUGAUCCGUAUUCUACAGGCGGGAGUCGGAACCAAACAGCGGUACACUUGGUAGCCUCAAGACAAACUGGUACGGCCACCGCUAUUUUGAGAGCGCUGCUGCUUGCAGCUGGAAAGGACAUUCGACUUAAGACUGAUGGGAGAGGAAAAAUUCCUCUACUUUUAGCCGUCGAGGCUGGUAAUCAAUCGAUGUGUAGAGAACUACUUAGCACGCUGACGUCAGAACAACUAAAAGCAGCUGCAGCCAAUGGCGAUACAGCACUUCACCUGGCUGUACGGAGAAAAGACAUCGACAUGGUCCGAAUCUUGGUUGACUAUGGUACCAACGUGGAUAUCCGGAACGGCGAAGGGCAGACGCCACUGCACAUUGCAGCGGCGGAGGGUGACGAAAUACUUGUAAAAUAUUUCUAUAGUGUUCGGGCAGGUGCAAGUAUAACGGAUUAUCAGGAUCGGACCCCAAUGCAUUUGGCUGCUGAAAAUGGGCAUGCGAAUAUCAUAGAAUUGUUAGCUGACAAAUUCAAGGCAAGCAUUUUUGAAAGGACGAAAGAUGGCUCUACUUUAAUGCACAUAGCUUCUCUAAAUGGACAUGCUGAUUGUGCUAUGAUGCUUUUCAAGAAAGGAGUAUAUUUGCACAUGCCAAAUAAGGACGGUGCAAGAAGCAUUCACACAGCCGCAAGGUAUGGUCAUGUAGGAAUCAUCAACACUUUGUUACAGAAGGGAGAAAAAGUAGAUGUAACAACAAAUGUAGGUGCUCCUUCUAUUAUCGAAGAAACAAUAAAAGCUAGUGAUUUGCCUAGGUUCGUUGAUGUUCUGGCAUUAGUUCCAUGUAGGGGUACCUCUGCGUCUGAGAUUGCGAAUACACUGACCAUAGUCUUAUCAGCUCCUGCAGCUUGGGUAGACGACCAUGAUGUUGUAGUUAGUGCUCUGCCACUGGUGUUCGUUGCUGGGACGCCUCUGCCUUGUUUCACAGUUUUGGGAGUAAUUAGCAGUGUCUGCAAUAUUUUGGCCGUAAUUAGCAAUGUUUGCAAUGUUUUGGAUCAUUUAUCAGAAGACGUGUCAUCAGGAGGUGGGAAACUCAAAGAAACAGCACUUCACAUUGCCGCCAGAGUGAGAGAUGGAGAAAAAUGCGCCUUGAUGCUCCUGAAGUCAGGCGCUGGUCCUAACAUCGCAACACAUGAUGGCAAUACACCCGUUCAUGUAGCUGCAAAGUAUGGUAACUUACAGACCAUGUUGCUAUUGCUAGAAGAUGGUGGGGACCCACAAUAUAAAAACAAGAUAUCAUCUGCGUACUAUAAAAAAGGUGAAACUCCUCUUCAUCUAGCUAGUAGGAACUGCAGGCCAGAUGUUGUCACGAAUUUAAUAAACUACGUGAAAGACAAGAAGGGAGAAGCUGCUGCCUCAGCUUAUGUUAAUGAAUUAACGGAAAAUGACGAAAGUGCCUUGCACUAUGUUUGCACCGUUGAUAAGGAAGAGGUUGAAGUUCCCAAUUCAGAUCGCGAGGUCGUUAAACUUCUGCUUGAAAAUGGCGCUGACAUCAAAAUUCAAACAAAACAACACGAAACGGCAUUUCAUUUAGUUGCAUCUGCCGGUAAUAAUGAUGUGCUAUUAGAAAUGAUUGCCCACAUGACUCCAACUGAUGCUCAAAAGGCAUUGAAUAGGCAGAAUGCAGUUGGUUGGACACCUUUACUAAUAGCAUCACACAGAGGACAUAUUGAUUUGGUAAAUAACCUUUUGGCAAAUCAUGCCAGAGUAGAUGUUUUUGAUUUGGAAGGUAGGUCCGCGUUACAUUUAGCAGCUGAACAUGGUUAUCUUCAUGUAUGCGAUUCAUUGUUAACAAAUAAGGCAUUUAUCAAUUCUAAAUCAAGAAACGGUCGAACAGCAUUGCAUUUAGCUGCUAUGAAUGGGUAUGUCCAUUUGGUUAAGUUUCUUAUAAAAGACCACAAUGCCGUUAUAGAUAUUCUUACUCUUAAAAAGCAAACGCCUUUACAUUUAGCAGCUGGUGCCGGCCAAAUUGAGGUUUGUAAGCUCUUGCUGGAGCUAGGAGCUGAUAUUGAUGCUACCGAUGAGGAUGGCCAGAAACCUAUUCAUGCCGCUUGCCAAAACAAUUUUUCCGAAGUUGCCAAACUUUUUUUACAACAGCAUCCAAGCUUAGUAAUGGCCACUACUAAAGAUGGCAAUACGUGCGCGCACAUCGCAGCUGCGCAAGGUAGUGUAACGGUCAUAGAAGAACUCAUGAAAUUUGAUAGACAGGGUGUCAUAUCUGCUAGAAAUAAAGUGACUGAUGCUACUCCUCUACAAAUGGCUGCUGAGGGAGGUCAUGCAGAAGUUGUGAAGGCAUUGGUACGGGCAGGCGCUUCAGUAACAGAUGAAAAUAAAGGAGGUUUUACUGCAGUACACUUAGCGGCCCAGUAUGGUCACAUGCAAGUGCUUGAAGUACUCCGUUCCUCCAAUAAUCUAAGGGUGACAAGCAAAAAGCUUGGAGUAACUCCACUCCACGUUGCGGCAUAUUUUGGCCAAGCAGACACUGUUAGAGAACUGCUCACCCACUUAUCCGGUACUGUAAAAUCUGAAGCUCCGAACGGCGCUUCUCUAGUUCCAGCUCUUGGGAAUGAAUCUGGGAUGACGCCUUUACAUUUGGCAUCUUUUUCGGGUAAAGAAAAUGUCGUGAGGUUGCUACUAAAUUCUGCUGGGGUCCAAGUUGAUGCCGCGACUCAUGAGAACGGAUACAAUCCUAUGCAUCUUGCCUGCUAUGGCGGUCAUGUUACAGUUGUAGGAUUAUUAUUAAGCAGAUCAGCUGAACUGCUAGAAAGUAAAGACCGGCAUGGCAAGACGGGACUCCAUAUUGCUGCCACACAUGGGCAUUAUCAGAUGGUUGAAGUCUUGUUAGGUCAAGGAGCAGAAAUUAACGCACAGGAUAAAAACGGUUGGACACCACUCCACUGCGCAUCUAGGGCAGGUUAUGUAGAAGUUGUUAAACUUCUCACGGAAUCGGGUGCUUCGCCAAAAUCUGAAACUAAUCUUGGGGCAGUACCCAUAUGGUUUGCUGCCUCUGAAGGUCAUCAUGCUGUUUUAGAAUAUUUGAUGACGAAGGAACACGACACAUACGCCUUAAUGGAGGACAGAAGGUUCGUGUACAACCUGAUGGUAUGUUCGAAAAACCAUAAUAAUAAACCCAUAGAGGAAUUUAUUCUGGUGUCACCAGCUCCAGUUGACACUGCAGCCAAACUUUCUAACAUUUUAAUACUACUUUCGAAUAAAGAAAAAGAAAGAGCCAAAGACUUAAUCGCUGCAGGGAAGUUUUGUGAAGCUAUGGCCACCGAGUUAUUAGCUUUAGCUGCUGGCGCCGACUCUGCAGGAAAAAUCCUCACAGCGACUGAUAGAAGGAACGUUGAAUUUCUGGAUGUUCUUAUCGAAAAUGAACAGAAAGAAGUUAUAGCCCACACUGUGGUCCAACGAUAUUUACAGGAACUCUGGAGGGGAGCGCUUAACUGGGCGGCAUGGCGUACUCUCCUCCUUUUUGUGUUGUUUAUAGUAUGUCCACCAGUUUGGAUCGCUUUCACUCUUCCAUUAGGUCAUAAGUAUUACAAAGUACCCAUAAUCAAGUUCAUGUCGUACCUCACCUCUCACAUUUAUCUCAUGUUGUUCCUCUUGGUCGUGGGUAUAACCCCUCCGUAUCCAACCAUAAAUAGAACAAGUAUGAUACCUUAUUGGUAUGAAUGGAUCCUAUUAGUGUGGUUGAGUGGUCUAUUAUUAUUUGAACUAACUAACCCAAGUGACAAAAGUGGGUUAGGAUGGAUAAAGAUCUCAGUAUUAUUAUUCAGCAUAUUCGGAGUAGGAACACACUUGAUGGGUUUAUUAUUCGUGGAACGGCGAUACUGGCCUACGCUAAUGUACUGUAGAAAUCAGCUUUUCGCCUUAAGUUUCUUGCUGGCGUGCGUGCAGAUUUUGGACUUUUUGUCAUUCCACCAUUUGUUCGGACCCUGGGCAAUUAUUAUAGGCAACUUAAUGAAAGACCUUGCCAGAUUUUUAGCAGUGUUGGCCAUCUUCGUGUUUGGCUUUUCGAUGCAGUUUGUAGCCCUAAAUCAACCCUUUGACACUGAUGGUAGACCUCGCAGAAGUACUGGAAUAUUCAAAGAUGAGUUGGGGUCGGUAAACCGAGACACUGAAUGGCUUGACGAGUCCUUCGAUUUAAACAGUAACGUGCCCCAUUCUAGAGCCUCAAUAAGAAAAAAACGUCCUCCCAUAGAGCAGGAUGGCAUGAUCAUGAACCCACUUUUGGCCUUCGAGCUGCUGUUCUUCGCAGUUUUCGGCCAGACCACCUAUGACGAGCUCACGGUGAAGCCAGCUAGAGGGAGCACACCAUCGCAGUAUCGUCCAGCAUGGACGGAUAACCUUUUCAAAGUGGUGUUCGGCAUCUAUAUGUUGGUGUCGGUGGUAGUACUAAUCAAUUUGUUAAUCGCUAUGAUGUCGGAUACAUACCAGCGUAUACAGGCACAAUCCGAUAUAGAAUGGAAAUUUGGCCUAAGCAAACUAAUACGGAACAUGCAUAGGACAACCACAGCACCAUCUCCGAUCAACCUCAUAACGACGUGGUUAUUCUAUCUAGUGGAUAUUUGUAAAAAGAGAGACUUUGUUUUAGUUAAAACCAAGAAACGCCAGAGUCUAGUUAACCUCAUGGGAAGCUUUCAGAAAAGUAGUCAAUUAAGUCCAAGAUCAAAGGCUGGUGCAAAGUGGCUUUCAAAAGUGAAAAAAGGACGCCAAAUUGCACCCAAGGAAAUUCCAGGACUUGCCGUGGGUCAAAUGAGUCCACUUGGAUCUCAGUUAAGCUUCUCUGCUACCACUACCAGAAUUGAGCAUGUGACGGACUGGGAAGCCAUUGCCAAAAAAUAUAGAGCCCUAAUGGGACAUGAAGAUGAAAUUAAAGAGGCGUUGAAUGAUGAAGAUGAAGAGGAAGAUGAAGAUGCGCCCACAAAUUCUAAUCCAAUGAUGGUGGCUACUUCUUCAAUGGGUUAAACGAAAAAUGAGUUGCUUCUUAUGAUAAAACUUUCACAACAUUAGUUAUAUUUUUAGGCGGUAAGGAAAAUGUCUAGGUAAUAACAGAACUAGUGUAAUACAAAACAGGGUUUGAAAAUAAAUAGAUAAUUUAAUGGAUUCAAACGAACUGUAUUGGUUUAAAAAUAAAAUUUUGAAAAUGAUCUUAACAAUUUAAUGACGAAUUUGUUGAAGCAUCCAAACUGAACCAGUGAAAUUCAAUUUUAUAUGAAAUAAAAUGCUUAUGUACGUAGUGAUUGAGCCGGGUCAUUUUUUAUAAUGUAGAUAGUUAGCACUCUCCUACAAAAAAAGCCUAAUUACCUAUAUAUUUUGACCCUUUUCAUUAGUAGGGCACUGCUAAGGUUAAAAUUUUCUCCUAAUUUUGUCUUUUUGGAACCAAUAUUAUUAAAAAAUGUGUAAGCACUAAAAAUAUGUAUUUUGUAGUAAAAAGUGCAAAUUUGAUGUAAAUGUAGAGUAACUGUAAUAGUUG